UCCGAUAAGGAAUAGCAGCAUUUGAUAAAUCUUGGGUUUUCUUCUUAUCAUGUCAGAAGAAGAAACUAAGGCGAGUGGAGGACAUCGUAGCUUACGAAGAGGAAGUUUUACGGGACGUCAGAAUAAAUUUGGUGGGCGACGACGUUUUGGGCAUGAAUUCGUCUACCCAACUGGCGGCUCGAAAGAGGAUCCUUUGAAUCUCAAUGCCGUAAUAUCCGGUAGCGAGACAAAAUCUGCAGAACUUGAGAAGGAUGGUUCUAGAUUACUGGAGGUUCCCGUGCCAAAAAAUCUGAAAGACCCGCUCAAUUUAAAUAGCGUAGAAAAGCAGAGACGAAAGAGAAAACAAGCCGAGGACGUGGCUGUCGCGGAAGAUGAAAUUGUUUCUCCUGUCACUCGUAAGCAGAAAAAGCGACAUCAUGGCAGUCCAAAGAGGGAUCCUAAAGGAACACUAGCCAGCGCAAAUGAUCCCGCAGCGGGUGAUGGGACAAUAGCCAGUGGUAGUAAACCUACACCCGCAGAGCUACGGCGAAUCCGUCAGGAGCAUUUCAACAAUAGAUACUGCUAUGGAAAUUUCGACCGGUAUUAUGGUACUCGCUUGGAACCUAAUCAAAAGGAUUCGCGCUUGACGGUUUUGAAAAAGGAGUGGUUCGAGAAGAAAAGUAUACUGGACAUUGGAUGCAAUGUGGGCUUUCUAACACUCUCGAUCGCAAAAGAUUUUGGUCCACGUCGUAUCCUUGGAAUAGACAUUGAUGAGCACUUGAUCGGCGUGGCGCGUAAGAAUAUACGCCAUUAUUGUGAUCAGGAUAUAGAGUUCAUUGGAAAGUUUCCUGCAUCAUUCUGCACCAAUUUUGGUCCUAUCGCAAACCACAGUCUAUCGUUCUCAACGAAAUUUCCUGAUAAUGUGUGGUUUCGCAAGGAAAACUACGUUCUUGAAAAUGACGAGCUGUUAGAGACCGUUCAAGAAGAGUUCGAUGUUAUUCUUGCCCUGAGUAUCACAAAAUGGAUUCAUCUUAAUUUUGGUGACGAUGGUUUACGACGUUUCUUUCGCCGCGCUUACAACCAGCUUCUUCCAGGAGGAAGAUUCAUUGUAGAACCCCAGCCAUUUGCUAGCUACAGAAAGAGGUCAAAAAUGACGGAGCGAUUGAAAGCUAAUUAUGCUGCUAUCGAAUUCAAGCCGGAGGACUUUGAAAUGUAUUUGAUUGAGACCGUCGGUUUUGAAAGCGUGGAACAUCUUGGUGCUCCUUGUGCAAAAAGCAAAGGUUUCGAACGUCCAAUCGACGUCUACUUGAAGAAGCCUCCGAGAUUUCUAGAGUAAACACACAAGACGGAUGUACUAGAUCCUGCAAUCUUUAAUGUACCUCAUGCUCAGUAAUCUCUGCACCAAUUUUCUACAGCGCUCGUCAUCGAUAAGGAUGGGUUAUUGUCAACAAUCUUCAAACCCUAUCAGAACAUUGAUAGUUUUUUACGAUGUUGUGUCCUGCUUUUUUGAAUAUGGCCGGUGUGAGCUUCACUGGUGAUAUUGUUGUUGUUUUGUGAUUUUUUCUUGAAUGUUUACAACCUUCCUAUAUAAAUAUUAUAUA